AUGAUGCAUUUCCUAGCCCUGGCCCUCCUCCCUCUGGUGCUUGGGUCGCCAGUGACUCCACGCGGAGAGGAAGCGUUGACAUACGACGGCUACGAGGGUUACGAGGAACUGAGCCAUGCCACUAACAAGUACAUUGAUAUUGCUCUUGCGCCCGAAGAAGCUGCCAAGUUCAAAAAGCUUGGGCUGAAAUGGGAGGAGAAGAUGAAGAACAUCGGUGAUGCCGUACGCAAGGAGAAAUUCGACAAGUGGAAGGGUACCUCAUCCCGCCAUCACAUUUUCUGGCACGGCCAAGUGCACGCUCGCGAGUGGAUUACUGGUAUGACUCUGGAGUACAUCACCUGGAACAUGAUCAAUGAAUAUAAGAACCGUAAUGUGGAAAUAUAUAUCAUUCCAUUCAUUAACCCGGAUGGUUUCGUCUACAGCGUUGAAGUCGACAGACUGUACCGUAAGAACCGUCAAGCACCGCCACCAGGUGCUAACCAGACCUGUUUCGGCGUCGAUCUCAACAGGAACUGGCCAUGGAACUGGGACACAAACCCGCAAGGCUCGUCCACAGACCCAUGCUCACAAGCUUAUCGUGGCACUUCACCAGGUUCCGAGCCAGAGAUGAAGUACAUGAAGGGCUUGGUCGACAAUAUCGCGCGCCAGCAAGGCAUCAAAUUCUACAUCGACUGGCACUCGUACGGCAACUACAUCCUGUCGCCAUGGGGCUACACUUGCUCAGCACUGCCACAGGACAGUGCGCAGCUAGUGUCGCUAGGAGAGCAGACUGCUCAGGUGAUCGAAGCUGUCAACGGACAGAACCUUACGACUGGACCUACCUGCCAGACAUUGUAUGCAGUCAAUGGCGGCAGCCUGGACUAUGUGUACGAUGUUGCGGAGGCCGACCUUUCGUAUGCAUUCGAGCUACGUGAUCAGGGUCAGUUCGGCUUUGUGCUGCCUCCGGACCAGAUCAGACCUACUGGGGAGGAGCACUGGCAGGGCAUGUUGUACCUGCUGCAGAACAUGUAA